UCGCAGGGGGGCCGGUUUCCGGCGGGUUAUUUAUUUCUUCCCUCUCGCUUAAGUUCCCAGCGGAGCGGGCUGGUUAGUACCUGCGCCCCCCACCUGCUGCUGGGAGGGUGGAAGGUGUGGGGAGGCCAUGGAGAGCCCAGCGGAGAACCCCAGCAAGGCAGCAGAGUAUCUGAAGGAGCUGAACAAGAUUAUUGAGACGCAGCAGGAGCUGCUAGAGAAGCAGAAACGGAGGAUAGACGAGCUGGAGCAGCAAGUGGCCAAGUUGUACCAUGAAAAUGCCUGCCUCCAGGAUGAGCAUCACCGGCACCUGGCCACAUGCAGGCUCCAGCAGGGCAUCCCCCCUGCGUACCCGGUGGGGGCAGCGGUGCUGAGCGCCAUCCAGGAAAAUACAAAGCACGAAAAGUCUGAAGGUGAAAGCUCAAGAAGCCUCAGGUCUUUAAAUACUCUGCACCAGUUUUGCUGUCCAGCUCCAUUGUACCAUACCCAGCUAGCUGUCCCUGCCACACACUCAGAGUACAGGACCUCACUGGAAACACGAAGCAGCAUCUCAACUGAUCCGCUCAGUGUUGAGGGCGAGGCUCCAAGCAGUGAAACUGGCACAUCUUUGGACAGUCCAUCUACUUACCAUCAAGGACCUAUAACACACAGUUCAGCCGUAAGCCCAGACCAUUACGAUCACUCUGCUUACGGGCUCUAUUCUGUCUCCCCUGGGCAACAAAGAUCCCGGAGGCCGAAACUUCAGCACUCAACAUCCAUACUGCGAAAGCAAGCAGAGGAAGAAGCUAUUAAACGGUCAAGAUCACUUUCUGAGAGCUAUGAACUCUCUUCAGAUCUACAGGAUAAGCAGGUGGAAAUGCUAGAACGGAAAUAUGGAGGCCGUCUCAUAACUAGACAUGCUGCUCGUACUAUACAAACAGCUUUUCGCCAGUAUCAGAUGAACAAAAAUUUUGAGCGUCUUAGAAGUUCUAUGUCUGAAAAUCGCAUGUCAAGACGCAUUGUACUGUCCAAUAUGAGAAUGCAGUUUUCCUUUGAAGGACCUGAGAAAGUCCACAGCUCUUACUUUGAAGGAAAGCAAGUUUCUGUUACAAAUGACGGGUCAAAACUGGGAUCCCUGGUACAGUCUGAAUGUGGUGACCUUGGAGAGUCAGCUACAAUGAAGUCUCCAGCAGCAUCUACUGAUUUUGCAGAUGCUAUAACAGAACUGGAGGAUGCUUUUUCCAGGCAAGUGAAAUCUCUUGCAGAGUCCAUUGACGAUGCACUCAAUUGCCGUAGUCUUCAUUCUGAUGAAGUCCAGACUCCAGAUCAAGUCAGAAGUCGUGAAAUGGAAAGGGACAGUUGCGCUCAAACUAAACCAGCAAUCCAUAAUGUGGAUCACAGGAAGCUCGAUGAGAUGACAGCAUCGUACAGUGAUGUGACGUUAUAUAUCGAUGAGGAAGAGUUAUCCCCACCCCUUCCCCUUUCCCAGUCAGUGGACAGACCAUCCAGCACAGAAUCUGAUUUGAGGCUCCGGUCAGUGAACUCUUCUCAAGAGUACUGGUCCAUGACUCACAAAGAUGAUAAAAUAGACACUGAUACAAGCUGCAGGAGUACCCCCUCCCUGGAAUGCCAGGAACAGAGAAUGCGAAUGGAUCAUCUGCCAUUACUAACUAUAGAGCCCCCCAGUGACAGUUCAGUGGACUUGAGUGAUCGCUCAGAGAGAGGUUCGUUAAAGAGACAAAAUGCAUAUGAUCGAGGAAUCACUAGUCAACAAGGAAGCCCAAAACACAUCCCUCACAGUAUUCCUGGCAAGAUUAUAUCCCGAGAGGAACAGGAGGCAAGACAUAGGCCUAGGCCUAUAGAUAGUCAUUUAGCUAUUAAUGGCACAGCAAACAGGCAAAGCAAAUCGGAGUCUGAUUAUUCUGAUGGAGACAAUGACAGCAUCAACAGCACUUCCAACUCUAAUGAUACAAUAAAUUGCAGCUCAGAAUCUUCUUCUAGAGACAGCCUAAGGGAACAAACCUUGAGCAAACAAACGUACCACAAAGAAACUCGUAACAGCUGGGAUUCCCCUGCCUUCAGUAAUGAUGUUAUCAGGAAACGCCAUUAUAGAAUCGGACUGAACCUUUUUAACAAAAAACCUGAAAAAGGAGUCCAGUACCUAAUUGAGCGAGGUUUUGUGCCAGACACUCCAGUCGGCGUUGCCCACUUUCUCCUGCAAAGGAAAGGUCUCAGCAGACAGAUGAUUGGAGAAUUUUUGGGAAAUCGGCAAAAACAGUUCAACAGGGAUGUAUUAGACUGUGUUGUGGAUGAGAUGGACUUCUCAACAAUGGAACUGGAUGAAGCACUCAGGAAAUUUCAGGCUCAUAUUCGUGUUCAAGGAGAAGCCCAGAAAGUAGAACGACUCAUUGAAGCUUUUAGCCAACGAUACUGCAUCUGCAAUCCAGGUGUUGUGAGACAAUUCAGAAAUCCUGAUACCAUCUUCAUUCUAGCCUUUGCAAUCAUACUGUUAAACACAGAUAUGUACAGCCCGAAUGUGAAACCAGAACGCAAAAUGAAGCUAGAAGAUUUUGUCAAGAAUCUAAGGGGCGUGGAUGACGGUGAAGAUAUCCCACGAGAAAUGCUGAUUGGGAUUUAUGAGCGGAUCCGCAAGCGGGAACUGAAGACAAAUGAGGAUCAUGUGUCCCAAGUCCAGAAGGUUGAAAAACUCAUAGUAGGAAAGAAACCAAUUGGAUCUCUGCAUCAUGGACUUGGUUGUGUCCUCUCUCUGCCCCACCGGAGGCUCGUUUGCUACUGUAGGCUCUUUGAAGUUCCAGAUCCAAAUAAACCUCAGAAGCUUGGAUUGCACCAGCGAGAAAUAUUUUUAUUUAAUGAUCUUCUCGUGGUGACCAAGAUCUUUCAAAAGAAGAAGAACUCGGUUACUUACAGUUUUCGACAGUCCUUUUCCCUUUAUGGAAUGCAAGUUCUUCUCUUUGAGAACCAGUAUUACCCCAAUGGUAUACGGCUAUCUGCUUUUCCAGGAGCAGACAUCAAAGUACUAAUAAAUUUCAAUGCACCAAAUCCUCAGGACAGGAAGAAGUUUACAGAUGAUUUGAGGGAGUCAAUUGCAGAGGUUCAAGAAAUGGAAAAGCACAGAAUAGAGUCUGAGCUAGAAAAACAGAAGGGUGUGGUGCGUCCGAGCAUGUCUCAGUGCUCUAGUCUGAAAAAAGAGUCUGGCAACGGGACGCUGAACAGGGCUUGCCUGGAUGACAGCUAUGCUACCGGGGAGGGGCUGAAAAGAAGUGCCCUGAGCAGCUCCCUUAGAGACCUCUCUGAAGCAGGCAAGCGUGGGCGACGCAGCAGUGCAGGAUCGCUAGACAGCAAUAUGGAAGGGUCCAUCAUUAGCAGUCCUCACAUGCGCCGAAGAGCUACAUCAACCCGAGAGUGUCCAUCUCGCCCUCACCAGACUAUGCCUAACUCUUCCUCACUCCUAGGUUCCUUAUUUGGUAGUAAAAGGGGAAAGCCACCUUCCCAAGGCCAUCCAUCUUCCCAAGGCCAUCCACCAUCUGGCUCAUCACAGCAACCUCCGCACCCUCCAGUACUCCCUCAUCAGCAGCACUCUCAGCAUCCUUCGGCCAUGCACCACGCAGGGCCGGCUGAGGGGCAGACGCAGGCACAAGUGCACUCGCACCAUUCGCAGUACUGCCAUAUGCAGCAGAACCCGCCGCCCUACCACCACCACCACCACUACCACCCUCCCCAGCACAUCCAGCACCCGCACCAGUUUCACCAGCACGUGCCGCAUUCCCAGCAUGCGGCACACUCCCCGCAUACUCCCUACAUGCAGCAUCCCCACGCGCAACAUACCCACUCUCCACACCCGCCACUGCCCCCUCCGCACUCGUCUCAUUCCCAGCACACUCAGCAUCACCAUGGACCGCCACCGCCUCCCUCCACUACAGCCAGCACUAAGCCCAAGCACAGUGGCAUCAGCACAAUAGUCUAGAACAUAUUGACCCUCCUAAUACCUAUAGUUUUAAAUACAGUUACAAAGGCACUUACAGGAAGCAACAAAUAAUAUUGUCAGUUUUUACCUAGACAGUUUAACUGAAUUGCGUGAGCUUAAAGGCUUGCAGAUACUAAAUAAAGUAAUUCAAGUUAGGGCAAUCAGUACUGGUUUUAUUUACCUACUUGUUAGACGCUUGCCAUCUGGUUAGUUAUUCUUUCCACACUGCCUUGAAAACAUGCUGCUUGCUGAAUAUGAGUAAAGCUACCUUUUACACCAAAUCCCGUGACAAUUUUACGUGCAUAGUAAAAACUUAGUCUAUGAAAAAAGGAAAAAAAGUGAUACAGAACCAAGUGUUGCAUUCUUGCUCUUUUAUUGUCAAUGGGCAAAAAAAUAAGUAGACCUGAUAUGGUUGAUGAAAGUACGU